AUGUUGGUCGGUUAUUGCAAAGGCUGGCUGUUGCCAGUGCUACUUGGGGUCGUAUUCAACUCGUGCAGUGUUCGCACUGCAGAUAUGAGCGAUCUUUUUCGAGUAUCUAGUGGGAGUGACGAGACAGGCAAUUGUGAUGCAUACACGGACUUGCUGGAUCUUUAUUUGAAAGAGUCUAAAGUGCUAAGCAAUGUUCUCAUGCAGGCCAUUGAAAACUAUCAAACCGACACCGUGGUUCAAAGGCUUCUCACUUCGUAUUUCGGCAUCGAGUAUGAUUACAAAAAUGGGGAGAUCGCAAAAGAAAGUCAAGAAAGUUGGAUGUCUUUCGUUACACUACGAAUGGAAUUCCAUGCAUUUGGCCCGCAAGGAAAUGGGAUCGAGCUCGAUGGAAGCGACGAGGAAGACCCUGAAGCAGUCUACUACCCUACAAUUACAGAUGUCUACGCCACCGGUCUGGACGAGAGGUCGCCGUCAAAGACUAAGCCAUACUGGAUUCAGCCACUGGGUGGAUAUGUCUUCCUUGGAUCCAAUGUGGGAGACAAUCUUUGCGAUUAUGUAGAAGAGGGACGAGUCGUGGUCGCGUACACUGCACGGGGCGUGGAGGAGAUAACGAGAAUCCAGGGCGAUGACAGCGUCACGAUCCCCGCCUUUCCGGAUGGCCUUCUUUUGUGUCCUCGUCUUAUGAAUAAGGAGGUUGCUCCAAUGCAUUCUCUGGGCGAUAUACCAUACAUCGAUAUCCAUGACAAUGUCUACUUGUCCGAUAUCCUACCUGAAAGUAGCUAUUUGUUUCAUGAAGUGACACAUCUCGUUACUACAUGGCGCCUUUAUGGCGGCCGCGAAGAGAAGGUCACAGAUUUCGCUUAUGACGUCCUAGAGUGCAUUCAGCUAGCAGCAGGAGCCCGUGAAAAAGUACGAAGGUAUUAUGCUACUCUGAACGCGCAAUCAUUUGUGUACUUCGCCAUGUCCUACUGGUAUUACCUCCAAGAGUGGCAUGGAAGAGAUCCCAUCACAUUCUAUGCCGGGAGGGCGGUUUCGUCAGAUUGGAUGGGAGAUUCAGUUUCCGAUUCUGGAUCGGGGGCAAAAUCUGAAUAAGCAGUUGGAGGAAGUAUAUAAUAUUGGAAAGGCAUCUAUGGAGAAACUCGACCGAGAUCCAGCGCUGCGGCCAUGUUAAAAUUCAUAUAUUUGUGAUAGGAAUGCCAGUGUUCAGCAAUGCAGACCGGAUCGAUUCCGAAGCCCAAACUUGCGCCAUUGCUCGCGGG